CGAAGGUGAAAAAAAAAAUGAACACGACCCAAUAGAAGAAGUAUCGCUUUUGUCAAAGAAGACGAGUAUAUUCCCAUUCAUAUGCCGGGAAUAUUCUUCAUUAAAUUUUUUCGCAUUUUUCUUUCUCAAUUGUCAAUAUCCCAAUUCGCGGAACAAGUAACAGGAAUUCAUACCCGGCGACAGUGAUCAGGAGCAGCAGAGCAGAGAGAUGAAGUUUUGGAAGAGCCUGAGUAUAUUGAUAGAGGAUACUUUACCAGAGUGGAGAGACAAGUUUUUGUCUUAUAAGGAUUUGAAGAAACAACUGAAGCUGAUAUAUCCCAAGGACGGUGACAAGCCAACGAAUAAGCGGCCGAGAUUGGAUGCUGCCGUGGCGUUGGAUAGAAUGGAUGGUGAGGAUCCUAGGGAGGAGAGUGGCGGUGAGGUGGCAAAGGAGGUUAUCGAUUUCGUUAGGCUUUUGGAGGAUGAGAUGGAGAAGUUCAAUUCUUUUAUUUUUGAAAAAGAAGAGGACUUUGUUAUUAAAUGGAAGGAACUGCAAAAUAGUGUAGAAAAGGCCAGGGAUUCAAAUGAAGAGCUGAUGAAAGUAGGGAGGGAGAUAGUAGAUUUUCAUGGGGAGAUGAUUUUGUUGGAGAAUUACAGUGCUCUUAAUUACACAGGCCUCGUGAAGAUAUUAAAGAAAUAUGACAAGCGAAGUGGCGCUUUAGUUCGUGUGCCCUUUAUCCAAAAGGUUAUGCAGCAGCCAUUCUUCACUACUCAUGUGCUUAACAAGCUUGUGAAGGAGUGUGAGACGAUGCUUGAUCAGCUCUUCUCUAAAAAUGAGGCAUCUAUUUCACCUAAAGCAACUGAAGAUGUAGCAGACUGUGAUCCUAGAACUCCAACUGAAAGUAAGGAGGGGAUUAUUAGAGUUCCAAAGGAACUCACUGAGAUUGAAAAUAUGGAGAGCAUGUACAUGAAGCUAACUUUAUCAGCACUGCGUGUCCUGAAAGAGAUUCGGAGUGGAAGCUCGACUAUAAACAUGUUCUCUUUGCCCCCUUUGCAAAGUAAUGCCUUGGAGGAGGAUUGGAAGAAAGUCCCUGUCUUGGAACAAGCUGCCAAAUAGAGUUUUAUUUUCAGAAUCUAACUUCCCUUUUUGUAUAAAAUUUCAAAUAUUGGAAGGAUUCUCCAACUCUUUCUUUUUGGGUUGAUACGAUUUACUUUGCUUUGAUUGUUGUGUUUCUUUGCUAAGUAAUUGUGUAACCUUAUUAUCGAGCUCCUGAAAGUUGUCAACUUUUGUGUCUGAAAGAAGUUGGGUGCUUUGGAUCCCUUGGACCUUUGCCCAAAUUUGGUUUA